AGAGAGAGAGAGAGAGAGAGAGAGAGAGAGAGAGAGAGACUGUAUUUUAAACUCCACCUUUUCUCCUUUGAUAUCCGUUUUAAGUGAAAGUGAAAGUCGGCAGGUCGAUUUUGUGACGAGAAAAAACCGAAGCUCUUUCAUGAAAGAUCACAGAUCAAGUUAUGUUUAUAAGAUAAAAACAUCUGACUGUUUGUUAUAAUGUCACGGGAGUGUGAGAAACUCCAAUCCUCUGAAAUGAGUCGACAAGAGAAGCAACACAAGAGUGGAACAAAGGAAAGACCAGAUUCCCCUGUGCCCAGUGGUGUGUCUAUGAAGAGUGAUCAAUCACUGCCACGACCACUCAACUUUACAGGUGGAACAUCCUCUAUGGAAAGUGGAACAAAGGAAAGACCAGAUUCCCCUGUGCCCAGCGGUGUGUCUAUGAAGAGUGAUCAAUCACUGCCACUCCCACUCAACUUUAAAGGUGGACCAUCCUCUAUGGAAAGUGGAACAAAGGAAAGACCAGAUUCCCCUGUGCCCAGCGGUGUGUCUAUGAAGAGUGAUCAAUCACUGCCACUCCCACUCAACUUUACAGGUGGAACAACCACUAUGGAAAGUGGAACAAAUGAAAGACCAGAUUCCCCUGUGCCCAGUGGUGUGUCUAUGAAGAGUGAUCAAUCACUGCCACUCCCACUCAACUUUAAAGGUGGAACAUCCUCUAUGGAAAGUGGAACAAAUGAAAGACCAGAUUCCCCUGUGCCCAGUGGUGUGUCUAUGAAGAGUGAUCAAUCACUGCCACUCCCACUCAACUUUAAAGGUGGACCAUCCUCUAUGGAAAGACGGAAUUCCUCCUCAGCUGGACUGCCAAAGCAUCCAACUAGAACUGACAAAAGGAAAGAAAUACACCAUAAGGAAAGAGAUGACCCUGAGAAAACUUUUCUGAAAAGUCUCAAAUUAGAAAGUAAGAUUGCAGACUUUCUGCACAACAUCUUUCAGGAUCUUGAGAAUAAAAUGAUUGUGUUUAUAAAACAUGAGCUGGAGAUGUUUAAGAAAUAUCUAAGAAAACAAAACACAAGAUACUACAAUGAUGUGAGGGAUGAUAUGUGGAAUGUAAAAGAAGCAGCUCUUGAAAUGACAUUGUACUUUCUGAAGUUGAUGGAACACAAUGACCUCGCUGAUGCACUCCAGGAUGCACUAAUAGGAGUUCAGCAGCGUGCACUCAAAUCAACCCUGUGUAAGAAGUACAAUCGUGUAUGUGAAGGGAUUGCAAAGCAAGGAGAGUCCAACAUUCUUAACAACAUCUACACAGAUCUGUACAUCACUGCAGGUGGAAGUGGACAAAUGAAUAAACAACAUGAAGUGAGACAAAUUGAAAAGAAAAACACUUGUGUGCAAACUGAAGAAAGUCAAAUGGUGCAAGAGCAGCAAAUUGAAUGCAAGAACAUAUUUAAACCAUCACCUGGAGAAGAAAAACCCAUCAGAACUGUGGUGACACAAGGGGUCGCUGGUAUCGGAAAAUCCAUCUGUGUGCAGAAGUUUGUUCUAGACUGGGCUGAAGGGAAAGAAUAUCAGGACAUACAUUUCAUAUUUCCGCUGCCUUUCAGAGAACUGAAUUUAAAAGAAAAGGAAAGAUGCAGUUUGAGGGACAUCAUCUAUCAGUUUUUUCCAGAAACAAAAGGAAUGAGAUUCACAGACAAGUAUAAAGUCAUGUUCAUCUUUGAUGGACUGGAUGAGUGUCGACUUCCUCUAACAUUCCAUAAAAACCAAAAGUGGACUGAUGUAACAGAGAAAGCCUCACUGGACACUAUAAUGACAAACCUCAUUGAAGGAAAUCUGCUUCCGUCUGCUCUCAUCUGGAUAACCACUCGACCAGCAGCAGCUGCUAUGAUCCCUGCUGAACAUGUGGACCGGUUCACAGAGGUGCGUGGCUUCAAUGAUGUACAAAAGGUGGAGUACUUCAGAAAGAAAACCAGUGAUGAGAGUCUGGCCAACAGAAUCAUUGAUCAUAUUAAAAAAUCAAGAAGUCUCUUCAUCAUGUGUCAUAUUCCAGUCUUCUGCUGGAUUUCAGCCACUGUACUUGAAGGCAUUUUGGGGAGAUCAGACUGUGAAGACAUUCCACAGACUCUGACGGAGAUGUACACGUGUUUUUUGAUCUUUCAGACCAUACAGGGGGACAAGAAAUACAAUAGAAAUAAUGCCUCAGACAUUCCAUGGGAUAAAAAGGGAAUUCUUUCACUGGGAAAGCUUGCCUUUAGUCACCUGGAAAAAAACAACCUGAUUUUCUAUGCAGAAGAUCUAAAAGCCUGUGGAAUUGAUGUCAGUAACAUAGAGGUGUACUCAGGAGUGUGCACUCAGGAGACUGGCAGAUUUCUUGGCAAAGUUUUCAGCUUUGUGCAUCUCAGCAUUCAGGAGUUCAUUGCUGCCUUGUUUACAUAUGUAUGUGUCCGAGAUGAAAACAAGAAUGUUUUUGAGCAAUCAGAAGAAAAUAAAGAAAUAAAAAUGAUUGAUUUGCUCAAGAUCACAGUGGACAAAGCUUUGGAGAGUGAAACCGGACACUUUGACCUUUUCCUCCGCUUCCUUCUGGGCCUCUCAUUGGAGUCUAAUCGGAAGCUCAUUCAAGGUCUACUGACAAACACGGGAAGCAGCUCUGACUGCCAAAAGGACAUUGUUGAGUACAUCAAGUUAAAGUUUGAAAAAAGCCCAUCUCCGGAAAGAUCAAUCAAUCUGUUCUACUGUCUGAAUGAGUUAAAUGAUGAUUCACUGGUGAAAGAGAUCCAAUGCUACAUGAGCUCAGGUCGUCUCUCUGAAGCUGAACUCUCACCUGCUCAGUGGUCUGCUCUGGUCUUUGUGUUGCUGACAUCGGAGGAGGAUCUGGAAGUGUUUGAGCUACAGAAGUUCAUAAGAUCAGAUGAAUGCUUUAAGAGACUGUUACCAGUCGUCCAGGAAGCCAAAAAAGCUUUGCUCAGUGAGUGUAACCUGACAGACAGAAGCUGCUGGUCUUUACACACAGUUCUCAGCUCGGAAUCCUCCAAGCUGACUGAGGUGGAUCUGAGCAGUAAUCCUCUGGGGGACUCAGGAGUGAAGCCGCUUUGUGCUGUACUGAAGAGUCCAAACUGUAAACUGGAGACACUGAGACUUUCAGACUGCAGUAUAACAGAGGAAGGAUACACUGCUCUGUUUGAAGCUCUGAAAUCAUCUCACCUGAUAGAGCUGGAUCUCAGGGGGAAUGACCCUGGAGCAUCAGGAGUGAAGCUGCUCACUGAUUUACUACAGGAUCAACGCUGUUAUCUAAACACACUGAGGCUGUUAAAAAGUCCUGAUGCAGUGAAGGCCUGUGAUUCUCUGACUGAGGUUCUGGGUACAAACCCCUUACUGCAGAGAGAACUGGAUCUAAGUGGGAAAAUAAAAGGAGACUCAGGAGUGAAGCAGCUCUCUGUUCUACUGAAGGAUUCACACUGCAGAACUGAGAAACUUACGCUAAAGGUCUGUAGUAUUACAGAAGAAGGCUGUUCAGCUUUGUCUUCAUCUCUUUGUUCAAAUCCUGCACACAUAAGAGAGAUGGAUCUGAGUGAGAAUAAAUUAGGAAACUCUGGAGUGCAGAAGCUUUGUGUACUGCUGCAACAUCAGUCCUGUAACCUGCAGAUACUGAGACUUUCAGACUGCAGUAUAACAGAGGAAGGAUACAUCGCUCUGUCUGAAGCUCUGAAAUCAUCUCACCUGAUAGAGCUGGAUCUCAGAGGGAACGACCCUGGAGCAUCAGGAGUGAAGCUGCUCACUGAUUUACUACAAGAUCCAGACUGUAAACUGAACACACUGAGGCUGUUAAAAAGUCCUGAUGCAGUGAAGGUCUGUGAUUCUCUGACUGAGGUUCUGGGUACAAACCCCUUACUGCAGAGAGAACUGGAUCUGAGUGGGAAAAUAAAAGGAGACCCAGGAGUGAAGCAGCUCUCUGUUCUACUGAAGGAUUCACACUGCAGAACUGAGACACUUACGCUAAAGGUCUGUAGUAUUACAGAAGAAGGCUGUUCAGCUUUGUCUUCAUCUCUUUGUUCAAAUCCUGCACACAUAAGAGAGAUGGAUCUGAGUGAGAAUAAAUUAGGAAACUCUGGAGUGCAGAAGCUUUGUGUACUGCUGCAACAUCAGUCCUGUAACCUCCAGAUACUGAGACUUUCAGACUGCAGUAUAACAGAGGAAGGAUACAUCGCUCUGUCUGAAGCUCUGAAAUCAUCUCACCUGAUAGAGCUGGAUCUCAGAGGGAACGACCCUGGAGCAUCAGGAGUGAAGCUGCUCACUGAUUUACUACAGGAUACAGACUGUAACCUGAACACACUGAGAUUGUUGAAAAGUCCUGAAGCAGAGGAAGCCUUUAAGCAUCUGCAUAAUGUUCUGGACACAAACCCUUUACUGCAGACGGAUCUGAACCUGAGUGGGAAAAUAAAAGGAGACUCAGGAGUGAAGCAGCUCUCUGAUCUACUGAAUGAUUCACACUGCAGAGCUGAGAAACUUACGCUAAAGGUCUGUAGUAUUACAGAAAAAGGCUGUUCAGCUUUGUCUUCAUCUCUUUAUUUAAAUCCUGCACACAUAAGAGAGAUGGAUCUGAGUGAGAAUAAAUUAGGAAACUCUGGAGUGCAGAAGCUUUGUGUACUGCUGCAACAUCAGUCCUGUAACCUGCAGAUACUGAGACUUUCAGACUGCAGUAUAACAGAGGAAGGAUACAUCGCUCUGUCUGAAGCUCUGAAAUCAUCUCACCUGAUAGAGCUGGAUCUCAGAGGGAACGACCCUGGAGCAUCAGGAGUGAAGCUGCUCACUGAUUUACUACAGGAUCCAGACUGUAACCUGAACACACUGAGGUUGUUGAAGAGCUCUGCUGCACAGGAGGCCUGUACUUGGCUAAAUUCCACUAUAGGUACAAACCCUUUACUCCUAAAAGUGCUGGAUCUGAGCAGGAAUGAACCAGGAGACUCAGGAGUGAAGCAGCUCUCUGCUCUGAUGGAAGACUCUCACUGUAAAUUUCAGAUAAUUAAGCUGAAUAAAUGUAAUCUGACUGUGGAGAGCUGUUCAGCUUUAGCCAGCGCUCUGAAACUCCAGUCCUGUAGUGUGAGAGAACUGGACCUGAGUGAAAACAGUCUGCAGGAUUCAGGAGUCACUCAGCUUUCUGCUGGACUGAAACAUCAACACUGUAAACUGGAGACAUUGAGGCUUAACACAUGUUCUAUAACUGAUGGAAGCAGUUCAGCUCUAGCUGAAGUUCUCAGUUCUGAAUAUUCCCAUCUGAGAGAACUGGACCUGAGUAACAACAGUCUGCAGGAUUCAGGAGUCACUCAGCUUUCUGCUGGACUGAAGAAUCCACAGUCUGCACUCACAAUACUGAGACUGUGUAACUGCAGUGUAACAGAUGAAGGCUGUGCUGCUUUGGCUACAGCUCUGGGAGAAAAUCCCUCACAUCUCUUAGAGCUGGAUCUGAACGGGAAUAAAGUAGGAGACAGUGGAAUAAAGCAGAUCUCUAAUCUACUACAGAAUCCACACUGCAUCCUAGAAAAACUCAGGUUAAUGGACAAUAAUAUCAGAGAGGAAGGAUACACUGUUCUGUCUGAAGCUCUGAAAUCAUCUCACCUGAUAGAGCUGGAUCUCAGAGGGAACGACCCUGGGGCAUCAGGAGUGAAGCUGCUCACUGAUUUACUACAGGAUCCAGACUGUAAACUGAACACACUGAGGUUGUUGAAAAGUUCUGCUGCACAGGAAGGUUGUGAUUUCCUUUCUAGAGUUCUGGGUGUGAACCCCUUACUGCAGAGAGAACUCAAUGUGAGUGAGGAAAUAUCUGGAGACUCGCAGGUGAAGCAGCUCUCUGCUCUUCUGGAGGAUUCACACUGCAGACCAGAGAUACUCAAAGUAAAUAAGUGCAGGAUGACAAAUGAAGGUUGUGCUGCUCUGGUAUCAGCUCUGGGUUUAAACCCCUCGCACCUGAGAGAGCUGGAGCUGAGUGGGAAUAAACUGGGAGGAUCAGGAAUGAAGGAGCUCUGUGAUGUGCUGAAGAAUCAACAACUCAAACUGCUGAAACUGGGGUUGUAUAAAUGUAGUCUCACUAAAGAUGACUGUACUACUGUUGUAGCAGCUCUGAGAACAAACCCCUCACACCUCAAGGAGCUGGACCUGAGUGACAAUACAAUUGGAGACACAGGAGUGAAGCAGCUCUGUGAUCUACUGAAGACCUCAAACUGCAGUCUGGAGAAACUGAAAAUAAAUAACUGUAAUCUCACACAAACACAAUGUGGUGAUCUGGCUAAAGCUCUGGAAUCAAACUCCUCAUCGCCUCUGAAAGAGCUGGAUCUCAGAGAGAACUACAGUGUGUCAGGAUGGAACAUUUUUAGUUAUUUUAUAGGGAAUCCAAACUCUAAGUUGAUUUUGAGAAUUUUGAGUCCUGAAGCAGAAAAGGUCUGUGAUCAUCUGACUAAAGUUCUGGGUACAAACCCCUUACUGCAGACAGAACUGGAUCUGAGUGGGAAAAUAUCUGGAGACUAUGAAGUGAAGCAGCUCUCUGUUCUACUGAAGGAUCCACAGUGUAGGACUGAGAAACUCAGGCUGAAUAAGAGCAGUGUUACAGACAGAGGCUGUACUGAUCUGAUAUCAGCUCUUACUUCAAAACAUUCACACUUGACAGAACUGGACCUGAGUGAGAACACACUGGGAAACUCAGGAGCGAUUCAGAUCUCUACUCUACUAAAGAAGUCAUCCUGUAAACUCCAGAAGCUUGUACUUUCAGACUGUAAUAUAACAGAGAAAGGAUACACUGAUCUGGUUAAAGCUCUGAAGUCAAACCACUCAUCACCCCUAAUAGAGCUGGACCUCAGAGGGAACGACCCUGGAGCAUCAGGAAUAAAGGAGCUUAGGGAUUUGAUGAAUGAUAAAAAAUGUAAACUGAAGACACUGAGGGUGUUGAAAAGUCCUGAAGCACAGAAAGCUUCUGAUCAUCUGACUGAAGUUCUGGGUAUAAACCCGAUACUGCAGACGGAUCUGAAUCUGAGUGGGAAAAUAAAAGGAGACUCAGAAGUAGAGCAGCUCUCUGUUUUACUGAAGGAUCCACACUGCAGACCUGAAACACUUCAACUCAGUGAGUGUAAUCUGACAGAGAAAGGAUGUUCAGCUCUGCUCACAGCUCUCAGAUCAGAACACUCCACCCUGAAGGAGCUGAAUCUGAGUAAGAACAGGAUUCAGGAUUCAGGAGUGAAGCUGCUCUCUGAGGAACUGAAGAAGAAACACUGUAAACUGGAGACACUGAGUCUAAUGGACAAUAGUAUCAGAGAGGAAGGAUACAUCGCUCUGUCUGAAGCUCUGAAAUCAUCUCACCUGAUAGAGCUGGAUCUCAGAGGGAACGACCCUGGAGCAUCAGGAGUGAAGCUGCUCACUGAUUUACUACAGGAUCCAGACUGUAAACUGAACACACUGAGGCUGUUAAAAAGUCCUGAUGCAGUGAAGGCCUGUGAUUCUCUGACUGAGGUUCUGGGUACAAACCCCUUACUGCAGAGAGAACUGGAUCUGAGUGGGAAAAUAAAAGGAGACUCAGGAGUGAAGCAGCUCUCUGUUCUACUGAAGGAUUCACACUGCAGAACUGAGAAACUUGCGCUAAAGGUCUGUAGUAUUACAGAAGAAGGCUGUUCAGCUUUGUCUUCAUCUCUUUGUUCAAAUCCUGCACACAUAAUAGAGAUGGAUCUGAGUGAGAAUAAAUUAGGAAACUCUGGAGUGCAGAAGCUUUGUGUACUGCUGCAACAUCAGUCCUGUAACCUCCAGAUACUGAGACUUUCAGACUGCAGUAUAACAGAGGAAGGAUACAUCGCUCUGUCUGAAGCUCUGAAAUCAUCUCACCUGAUAGAGCUGGAUCUCAGAGGGAACGACCCUGGAGCAUCAGGAGUGAAGCUGCUCACUGAUUUACUACAAGAUCCAGACUGUAAACUGAACACACUGAGGUUGUUGAAAAGUUCUGCUGCACAGGAAGGUUGUGAUUUCCUUUCUAGAGCUCUGGGUGUGAACCCCUUACUGCAGAGAGAACUCAAUGUGAGUGAGAAAAUAUCUGGAGACUCGCAGGUGAAGCAGCUCUCUGUUCUUCUGGAGGAUUCACACUGCAGACCAGAGAGACUCAAAGUAAAUAAGUGCAGGAUGACAAAUGAAGGUUGUGCUGCUCUGGUAUCAGCUCUGGGUUUAAAGCCCUCACACCUGAGAGAGCUGGAGCUGAGUGGGAAUAAACUGGGAGGAUCAGGAAUGAAGGAGCUCUGUGAUGUGCUGAAGAAUCAACAACUCAAACUGCUGAAACUGGGGUUGUAUAAUUGCAGUCUCACUAAAGAUGACUGUACUGCUGUUGUAGCAGCUCUGAGAACAAACCCCUCACACCUCAAGGAGCUGGACCUGAGUGACAAUACAAUUGGAGACACAGGAGUGAAGCAGCUCUGUGAUCUACUGAAGACCUCAAACUGCAGUCUGGAGAAACUGAAAAUAAAUAACUGUAAUCUCACACAAACACAAUGUGGUGAUCUGGCUAAAGCUCUGGAAUCAAACUCCUCAUCACCCCUGAAAGAGCUGGAGCUCAGAGAGAACUACAGUGUGUCAGAUUGGAACAUUUUUAGUUAUUUUCUAGGGAAUCCAAACUCUAAGUUGAUUUUGAGAAUUUUGAGUCCUGAAGCAGAAAAGGUCUGUGAUCAUCUGACUAAAGCUCUGGGUACAAACCCCUUACUGCAGAGAGAACUGGAUCUGAGUGGGAAAAUAUCUGGAGACUCUGAAGUGAAGCAGCUCUCUGUUCUACUGAAGGAUCCACAGUGUAGGACUGAGAAACUCAGGCUGAAUAAGAGCAGUGUUACAGACAGAGGCUGUACUGAUCUGAUAUCAGCUCUUACUUCAAACCCUUCACACCUGACAGAACUGGACCUGAGUGAGAACACACUGGGAAAUUCAGGAGCGAUUCAGAUCUCUACUCUACUAAAGAAGUCAUGGUGUAAACUCCAGAAGCUUGUACUUUCAGACUGUAAUAUAACAGAGAAAGGAUACACUGCUGUGGUUAAAGCUCUGAAGUCAAACCACUCAUCACCCCUGAUAGAGCUGGACCUCAGAGGGAACGACCCUGGAGCAUCAGGAAUAAAGGAGCUUAGUGAUUUGAUGAAUGAUAAAAAAUGUAAACUGAAGACACUGAGGGUGUUGAAAAGUCCUGAAGCACAGAAAGCUUCUGAUCAUCUGACUAAAGUUCUGGGUAUAAACCCGAUACUGCUGACGGAUCUGAAUCUGAGUGGGAAAAUAAAAGGAGACUCAGAAGUAGAGCAGCUCUCUGUUUUACUGAAGGAUCCACACUGCAGACCUGAAACACUUCAACUCAGUGAGUGUAAUCUGACAGAGAAAGGAUGUUCAGCUCUGCUCACAGCUCUCAGAUCAGAACACUCCACCCUGAAGGAGCUGAAUCUGAGUAAGAACAGGAUUCAGGAUUCAGGAGUGAAGCUGCUCUCUGAGGAACUGAAGAAGAAACACUGUAAACUGGAGACUCUGAGACUUUCAGACUGCAGUAUAACAGAGGAAGGAUACACUUUUCUGGCUGAAGCUCUGAGACAGAAUUCCUCAUCACACCUGAGAGAGCUGGAUCUCAGAGGGAACGACCCUGGAGCUUCAGGAGUGAAACUACUUACUGACAACAAAGUUUAUAACCUGACACUGAGGUUGUUAAAAAGUCCUGAUGCAGAGGAAGCCUACACGUGUCUUACAGACAUGUUCAGUAAGAACCCCUUACUGCACACGGAGCUGGAUCUGAGCACCAAAACACCAAAGAACAUCAACGUGAAGCAGCUUUCAGCUCUGCUGCAGGAUCCACAUUACAGACUGCAGAAACUUAUGUUGUAUAAAUGCAGUCUCACUGAAGAUGACUGUACUGCUGUUGUAGCAGCUCUGAGAACAAACCCCUCACACCUCAAGGAGCUGGACCUGAGUGACAAUACAAUUGGAGACACAGGAGUGAAGCAGCUCUGUGAUCUACUGAAGACCUCAAACUGCAGUCUGGAGAAACUGAAAAUAAAUAACUGUAAUCUCACACAAACACAAUGUGGUGAUCUGGAUAAAGCUCUGAAAUCAAACUCAUCAUCACCUCUGAAAGAGCUGGAGCUCAGAGGGAACUACAGUGUGUCAGAUUGGAACAUUUUUAGUUAUUUUCUAGGGAAUCCAAACUCUAAGUUGAUUUUGAGAAUUUUGAGUCCUGAAGCAGAAAAGGUCUGUGAUCAUCUGACUAAAGCUCUGGGUACAAACCCCUUACUGCAGAGAGAACUGGAUCUGAGUGGGAAAAUGUCUGGAGACUCUGAAGUGAAGCAGCUCUCUGUUCUACUGAAGGAUCCACAGUGUAGGACUGAGAAACUCAGGCUGUAUAAGAGCAGUGUUACAGACAGAGGCUUUACUGAUCUGAUAUCAGCUCUUACUUCAAACCCUUCACACCUGACAGAACUGGACCUGAGUGAAAACACACUGGGAAAUUCAGGAGCGAUUCAGAUCUCUACUCUACUAAAGAAUUCAUCGUGUAAACUACAGAAGCUUGUACUUUCAGACUGUAAUAUAACAGAGAAAGGAUACACUGAUCUGGUUAAAGCUCUGAAGUCAAACCACUCAUCACUCCUGAUAGAGCUGGACCUCAGAGGGAACGACCCUGGAGCAUCAGGAAUAAAGGAGCUUAGGGAUUUGAUGAAUGAUAAAAAAUGUAAACUGAAGACACUGAGGGUGUUGAAAAGUCCUGAAGCACAGAAAGCUUCUGAUCAUCUGACUGGAGUUUUGCGUAGAAACCCGAUACUGCAGACGGAUCUGAAUCUGAGUGGGAAAAUAAAAGGAGACUCAGAAGUAGAGCAGCUCUCUGUUUUACUGAAGGAUCCACACUGCAGACCUGAAACACUUCAACUCAGUGAGUGUAAUCUGACAGAGAAAGGAUGUUCAGCUCUGCUCACAGCUCUCAGAUCAGAACACUCCACCCUGAAGGAGCUGAAUCUGAGUAAGAACAGGAUUCAGGAUUCAGGAGUGAAGCUGCUCUCUGAGGAACUGAAGAAGAAACACUGUAAACUGGAGACUCUGAGGUUGUAUAAUUGCAGUCUCACUGAAGAUGACUGUACUGCUGUUGUAGCAGCUCUGAGAACAAACCCCUCACACCUCAAGGAGCUGGACCUGAGUGACAAUACAAUUGGAGACACAGGAGUGAAGCAGCUCUGUGAUCUACUGAAGACCUCAAACUGCAGUCUGGAGAAUCUGAAAAUAAAUAACUGUAAUCUCACACAAACACAAUGUGGUGAUCUGGCUAAAGUUCUGGAAUCAAACUCCUCAUCACCUCUGAAAGAGCUGGAGCUCAGAGGGAACUACAGUGUGUCAGGAUGGAACAUUUUUAGUUAUUUUAUAGGGAAUCCAAACUCUAAGUUGAUUUUGAGAAUUUUGAGUCCUGAAGCAGAAAAGGCCUGUGAUUAUCUGACUAAAGUUCUGGGUACAAACCCCUUACUGCAGAGAGAACUGGAUCUGAGUGGGAAAUUAUCUGGAGACUAUGAAGUGAAGCAGCUCUCUGUUUUACUGAAGGAUCCACAGUGUAGGACUGAGACACUCAGGCUGAAUAAGAGCAGUGUUACAGACAGAGGCUGUACUGAUCUGAUAUCAGCUCUUACUUCAAACCCUUCACACCUGACAGAACUGGACCUGAGUGAGAACACACUGGGAAAUUCAGGAGCGACUCAGAUCUCUACUCUACUAAAGAAUUCAUCCUGUAAACUACAGAAGCUUGUACUUUCAGACUGUAAUAUAACAGAGAAAGGAUACACUGAUCUGGUUAAAGCUCUGAAGUCAAACCACUCAUCACCCCUGAUAGAGCUGGACCUCAGAGGGAACGACCCUGGAGCUUCAGGAAUAAAGGAGCUUAGGGAUUUGAUGAAUGGUAAAAAAUGUAAACUGAAGACACUGAGGGUGUUGAAAAGUCCUGAAGCACAGAAAGCUUCUGAUCAUCUGACUGAAGUUCUGGGUAUAAACCCGAUACUGCAGACGGAUCUGAAUCUGAGUGGGAAAAUAAAAGAAGACUCAGAAGUAGAGCAGCUCUCUGUUUUACUGAAGGAUCCACACUGCAGACCUGAAACACUUCAACUCAGUGAGUGUAAUCUGACAGAGAAAGGAUGUUCAGCUCUGCUCACAGCUCUCAGAUCAGAACACUCCACCCUGAAGGAGCUGAAUCUGAGUAAGAACAGGAUUCAGGAUUCAGGAGUGAAGCUGCUCUCUGAGGAACUGAAGAAGAAACACUGUAAACUGGAGACUCUGAGACUUUCAGACUGCAGUAUAACAGAGGAAGGAUACACUUUUCUGGCUGAAGCUCUGAGACAGAAUUCAUCAUCACACCUGAGAGAGCUGGAUCUCAGAGGGAACGACCCUGGAGCUUCAGGAGUGAAACUACUUACUGACAACAAAGUUUACAACCUGACACUGAGGUUGUUAAAAAGUCCUGAUGCAGAGGAAGCCUACACGUGUCUUACAGACAUGUUCAGUAAGAACCCCUUACUGCACACGGAGCUGGAUCUGAGCACCAAAACACCAAAGAACAUCCACGUGAAGCAGCUUUCAGCUCUGCUGCAGGAUCCACAUUACAGACUGCAGAAACUUACGUUGUAUAAAUGCAGUCUCACUGAAGAUGACUGUACUGCUGUUGUAGCAGCUCUGAGAACAAACCCCUCACACCUCAAGGAGCUGGACCUGAGUGACAAUACAAUUGGAGACACAGGAGUGAAGCAGCUCUGUGAUCUACUGAAGACCUCAAACUGCAGUCUGGAGAAACUGAAAAUAAAUAACUGUAAUCUCACACAAACACAAUGUGGUGAUCUGGCUAAAGCUCUGGAAUCAAACUCCUCAUCACCUCUGAAAGAGCUGGAGCUCAGAGGGAACUACAGUGUGUCAGAUUGGAACAUUUUUAGUUAUUUUAUAGGGAAUCCAAACUCUAAGUUGAUUUUGAGAAAUUUGAGUCCUGAAGCAGAAAAGGUCUGUGAUCAUCUGACUAAAGUUCUGGGUACAAACCCCUUACUGCAGAGAGAACUGGAUCUGAGUGGGAAAAUAAAAGGAGACACAGGAGUAGAGCAGCUCUCUGUUCUACUGAAGGAUCCACACUGCAGACCUGAAACACUUCAACUCAGUGAGUGUAAUCUGACAGAGAAAGGAUGUUCAGCUCUGCUCACAGCUCUCAGAUCAGAACACUCCACCCUGAAGGAGCUGAAUCUGAGUAAGAACAGGAUUCAGGAUUCAGGAGUGAAGCUGCUCUCUGAGGAACUGAAGAAGAAACACUGUAAACUGGAGACUCUGAGGUUAAUGUACAAUAAUAUCAGAGAGGAAGGAUACAGUGUUCUGUCUGAAGCUCUGAAAUCAUCUCACCUGAUAGAGCUGGAUCUCAGAGGGAACGACCCUGGAGCAUCAGGAGUGAAGCGGCUCACUGAUUUACUACAGGAUCCAGACUGUAAACUGAACACACUGAGGUUGUUGAAAAGUUCUGCUGCACAGGAAGGUUGUGAUUUCCUUUCUAGAGUUCUGGGUGUGAACCCCUUACUGCAGAGAGAACUCAAUGUGAGUGAGAAAAUAUCUGGAGACUCGCAGGUGAAGCAGCUCUCUGCUCUUCUGGAGGAUUCACACUGCAGACCAGAGAGACUCAAAGUAAAUAACUGCAGGAUGACAAAUGAAGGUUGUGCUGCUCUGGUAUCAGCUCUGGGUUUAAACCCCUCACACCUGAGAGAGCUGGAGCUGAGUGGGAAUAAACUGGGAGGAUCAGGAAUGAAGGAGCUCUGUGAUUUGCUGAAGAAUCAACAAUUCAAACUGCUGAAACUGGGGCUGAAUAAGAGCAGUGUUACAGACAGAGGCUGUACUGAUCUGAUAUCAGCUCUUACUUCAAACCCUUCACACCUGACAGAACUGGACCUGAGUGAGAACACACUGGGAAACUCAGGAGCAGUUCAGAUCUCUUCUCUACUAAAGAAGUCAUCCUGUAAACUCCAGAAGCUUGUACUUUCAGACUGUAAUAUAACAGAGAAAGGAUACACUGCUGUGGUUAAAGCUCUGAAGUCAAACCACUCAUCACUCCUGAUAGAGCUGGACCUCAGAGGGAACGACCCUGGAGCAUCAGGAAUAAAGGAGCUUAGGGAUUUGAUGAAUGAUAAAAAAUAUAAACUGAAGACACUGAGGGUGUUGAAAAGUCCUGAAGCACAGAAAGCUUCUGAUCAUCUGACUGAAGCUCUGGGUAUAAACCCGAUACUGCAGAUGGAUCUGAAUCUGAGUGGGAAAAUAAAAGAAGACUCAGAAGUAGAGCAGCUCUCUGUUUUACUGAAGGAUCCACACUGCAGACCUGAAACACUUCAACUCCGUGAGUGUAAUCUGACAGAGAAAGGAUGUUCAGCUCUGCUCACAGCUCUCAGAUCAGAACACUCCACCCUGAAGGAGCUGAAUCUGAGUAAGAACAGGAUUCAGGAUUCAGGAGUGAAGCUGCUCUCUGAGGAACUGAAGAAGAAACACUGUAAACUGGAGACUCUGAGGCUCAGUGAGUGUAACCUGACAGACAGAAGCUGCUCUGCUUUACACACAGUUCUCAGCUCAGAAUCCUCCAAGCUGACUGAGGUGGAUCUGAGCAGUAAUCCUCUGGGGGACUCAGGAGUGAAGCAGCUUUGUGAUGGACUGAAGAGUCCAAACUGUAAACUGGAGAGUUUGAGACUUUCAGACUGCAGUAUAACAGAGGAAGGAUACAUCACUCUGUCUGAAGCUCUGAAAUCAUCUCACCUGAUAGAGCUGGAUCUCAGAGGGAACGACCCUGGAGCAUCAGGAGUGAAGCUGCUCACUGAUUUACUACAUGAUCCAGACUGUAAACUGAACACACUGAGGCUGUUAAAAAGUCCUGAUGCAGUGAAGGUCUGUGAUUCUCUAACUGAGGUUCUGGGUACAAACCCCUUACUGCUGAGAGAACUGGAUCUGAGUGGGAAAAUAAAAGGAGACUCAGGAGUGAAGCAGCUCUCUGUUCUACUGAAGGAUUCACACUGCAGAACUGAGACACUUACGCUAAAGGUCUGUAGUAUUACAGAAGAAGGCUGUUCAGAUUUGUCUUCAUCUCUUUAUUUAAAUCCUGCACACAUAAGAGAGAUGGAUCUGAGUGAGAAUAAAUUAGGAAACUCUGGAGUGCAGAAGCUUUGUGUACUGCUGCAACAUCAGUCCUGUAACCUGCAGAUACUGAGACUUUCAGACUGCAGUAUAACAGAGGAAGGAUACAUCGCUCUGUCUGAAGCUCUGAAAUCAUUUCAGCUGAUAGAGCUGGAUCUCAGAGGGAACGACCCUGGAGCAUCAGGAGUGAAGCUGCUCACUGAUUUACUACAGGAUCCAGACUGUAAACUUUCACUUAGGUUGUUGAAGAGCUCUGCUGCACAGGAGGCCUGUACUUGGCUAAAUUCCACUAUAGGUACAAACCCUUUACUCCUAAAAGAGCUGGAUCUGAGCAGGAAUGAACCAGGAGACUCAGGAGUGAAGCAGCUCUCUGCUCUGAUGGAAGACUCUCACUGUAAAUUUCAGAUAAUUAAGCUGAAUAAAUGUAAUCUGACUGUGGAGAGCUGUUCAGCUUUAGCCAGUGCUCUGAAAUUCCAGUCCUGUAGUGUGAGAGAACUGGACCUGAGUGAAAACAGUCUGCAGGAUUCAGGAGUCACUCAGCUUUCUGCUGGACUGAAACAUCAACACUGUAAACUGGAGACACUGCAGCUUAACACAUGUUCAAUAACUGAUGGAAGCAGUUCAGCUCUAGCUGAAGUUCUUAGUUCUGAAUAUUCCCAACUGAGAGAACUGGACCUGAGUGAAAACAGUCUGCAGGAUUCAGGAGUCACUCAGCUUUCUGCUGGACUGAAACAUCAACACUGUAACCUGGAGAUACUGAGGCUUAAAACAUGUGAUUUAAUGGAGGAAAGUUGUUCAGCUCUAGCUGAAGUUCUUAGUUCUGAAUAUUCCCAUCUGAGAGAACUGGACCUGAGUGAAAACAGUCUGCAGGAUUCAGGAGUCACUCAGCUUUCUGCUAGACUGAAACAUCAACACUGUAAACUGGAGUUACUGAGGCUGAAUAAAUGUAAUCUGACUGUGGAGAGCUGUUCAGCUUUAGCCAGCGCCCUGAAAUUCCAGUCCUGUAGUGUGAGAGAACUGGACCUGAGUGAAAACAGCCUGCAGGAUUCAGGAGUCACUCAGCUUUCUGCUGGACUGAAACAUCAACACUGUAACCUGGAGAUACUGAGGCUUAAAACAUGUGAUUUAAUGGAGGAAAGUUGUUCAGCUCUAGCUGAAGUUCUCAGUUCUGAAUAUUCCCAUCUGAGAGAACUGGACCUGAGUGAAAACAGUCUGCAGGAUUCAGGAGUCACUCAGCUUUCUGCUGGACUGAAGAAUCCACAGUCUGCACUCACAAUACUGAGACUGUGUAACUGCAGUGUAACAGAUGAAGGCUGUGCUGCUUUGGCUACAGCUCUGGGAGAAAAUCCCUCACAUCUCUUAGAGCUGGAUCUGAACGGGAAUAAAGUAGGAGACAGUGGAAUAAAGCAGAUCUGUAAUCUACUACAGAAUCCACACUGCAUCCUAGAACAACUCAGACUUUCAGACUGCAGUAUAACAGAGGAAGGAUACAUCGCUCUGUCUGAAGCUCUGAAAUCAUCUCACCUGAUAGAGCUGGAUCUCGGAGGGAACGACCCUGGAGCAUCAGGAGUGAAGCUGCUCACUGAUUUACUACAGGAUCCAGACUGUAAACUAAACACACUGAGGUUGUUGAAGAGCUCUGCUGCACAGGAGGCCUGUACUUGGCUAAAUUCCAUUAUAGGUACAAACCCUUUACUCCUAAAAGAGCUGGAUCUGAGCAGGAAUGAACCAGGAGACUCAGGAGUGAAGCAGCUCUCUGCUCUGAUGGAAGACUCUCACUGUAAAUUUCAGAUAAUUAAGCUGAAUAAAUGUAAUCUGACUGUGGAGAGCUGUUCAGCUUUAGCCAGCGCUCUGAAACUCCAGUCCUGUAGUGUGAGAGAACUGGACCUGAGUGAAAACAGUCUGCAGGAUUCAGGAGUCACUCAGCUUUCUGCUGGACUGAAACAUCAACACUGUAAACUGGAGACAUUGAGGCUUAACACAUGUUCUAUAACUGAUGGAAGCAGUUCAGCUCUAGCUGAAGUUCUCAGUUCUGAAUAUUCCCAUCUGAGAGAACUGGACCUGAGUAACAACAGUCUGCAGGAUUCAGGAGUCACUCAGCUUUCUGCUGGACUGAAGAAUCCACAGUCUGCACUCACAAUACUGAGACUGUGUAACUGCAGUGUAACAGAUGAAGGCUGUGCUGCUUUGGCUACAGCUCUGGGAGAAAAUCCCUCACAUCUCUUAGAGCUGGAUCUGAACGGGAAUAAAGUAGGAAACAGUGGAAUAAAGCAGAUCUGUAAUCUACUACAGAAUCCAAACUGCAUCCUAGAAAAACUCAGGUUAAUGGACAAUAAUAUCAGAGAGGAAGGAUACAGUGUUCUGUCUGAAGCUCUGAAAUCAUCUCACCUGAUAGAGCUGGAUCUCAGAGGGAACGACCCUGGAGCAUCAGGAGUGAAGCUGCUCACUGAUUUACUACAGGAUCCAGACUGUAAACUGAACACACUGAGGUUGUUGAAAAGUUCUGCUGCACAGGAAGGUUAUGAUUUACUUUCUAGAGUUCUGGGUGUGAACCCCUUACUGCAGAGAGAACUCAAUGUGAGUGAGGAAAUAUCUGGAGACUCGCAGGUGAAGCAGCUCUCUGCUCUUCUGGAGGAUUUACACUGCAGCCCAGAGAGACUCAAAGUAAAUAACUGCAGGAUGACAAAUGAAGGUUGUGCUGCUCUGGUAUCAGCUCUGGGUUUAAAGCCCUCACACCUGAGAGAGCUGGAGCUGAGUGGGAAUAAACUGGGAGGAUCAGGAAUGAAGGAGCUCUGUGAUGUGCUGAAGAAUCAACAACUCAAACUGCUGAAACUGGGGUUGUAUAAAUGCAGUCUCACUGAAGAUGACUGUACUGCUGUUGUAGCAGCUCUGAGAACAAACCCCUCACACCUCAAGGAGCUGGACCUGAGUGACAAUACAAUUGGAGACACAGGAGUGAAGCAGCUCUGUGAUCUACUGAAGACCUCAAACUGCAGUCUGGAGAAACUGAAAAUAAAUAACUGUAAUCUCACACAAACACAAUGUGGUGAUCUGGCUAAAGCUCUGGAAUCAAACUCCUCAUCACCUCUGAAAGAGCUGGAGCUCCGAUGGAACAACAGUGUGUCAGAUUGGAACAUUUUUAGUUAUUUUCUAGGGAAUCCAAACUCUAAGUUGAUUUUGAGAAUUCUGAGUCCUGAAGAGAAAGAGGUCUGUGAUUCUCUGACUAAAGUUCUGGGUACAAACCCCUUACUGCAGAGAGAACUGGAUCUGAGUGGGAAAAUAUCUGGAGACUCUGAAGUGAUGCAGCUCUCUGUUCUACUGAAGGAUCCACAGUGUAGGACUGAGAAACUCAGGCUAAAUAAGAGCAGUGUUACAGACAGAGGCUGUACUGAUCUGGUAUCAGCUCUUACUUCAAACCCUUCACACCUGACAGAACUGGACCUGAGUGAGAACACACUGGGAAAUUCAGGAGCGAUUCAGAUCUCUACUCUACUAAAGAAGUCAUCCUGUAAACUCCAGAAGCUUGUACUUUCAGACUGUAAUAUAACAGAGAAAGGAUACACUGCUGUGGUUAAAGCUCUGAAGUCAAACCACUCAUCACUCCUGAUAGAGCUGGACCUCAGAGGGAACGUCCCUGGAGCAUCAGGAAUAAAGGAGCUUAGGGAUUUGAUGAAUGAUAAAAAAUGUAAACUGAAGACACUGAGGGUGUUGAAAAGUCCUGAAGCACAGAAAGUUUCUGAUCAUCUGACUGAAGUUCUGGGUAUAAACCCGAUACUGCAGACGGAUCUGAAUCUGAGUGGGAAAAUAAAAGGAGACUCAGAAGUAGAGCAGCUCUCUGUUUUACUGAAGGAUCCACACUGCAGACCUGAAACACUUCAACUCAGUGAGUGUAAUCUGACAGAGAAAGGAUGUUCAGCUCUGCUCACAGCUCUCAGAUCAGAACACUCCACCCUGAAGGAGCUGAAUCUGAGUAAGAACAGGAUUCAGGAUUCAGGAGUGAAGCUGCUCUCUGAGGAACUGAAGAAGAAACACUGUAAACUGGAGACACUGAGGUUGUAUAAAUGCAGUCUCACUGAAGAUGACUGUACUGCUGUUGUAGCAGCUCUGAGAACAAACCCCUCACACCUCAAGGAGCUGGACCUGAGUGACAAUACAAUUGGAGACACAGGAGUGAAGCAGCUCUGUGAUCUACUGAAGACCUCAAACUGCAGUCUGGAGAAACUGAAAAUAAAUAACUGUAAUCUCACACAAAGACAAUGUGGUGAUCUGGCUAAAGCUCUGGAAUCAAACUCCUCAUCACCUCUGAAAGAGCUGGAGCUCAGAGGGAACUACAGUGUGUCAGAUUGGAACAAUUUUAGUUAUUUUCUGGGGAAUUCAAACUCUAAGUUGAUUGUGAGAAAUUUGAGUCCUGGAGCAGAAAAGGUCUGUGAUUCUCUGACUAAAGUUCUGGGUACAAACCCCUUACUGCAGAGAGAACUGGAUCUGAGUGGGAAAAUAUCUGGAGACUCUGAAGUGAAGCAGCUCUCUGUUCUACUGAAGGAUCCACAGUGUAGGACUGAGACACUCAGGCUGAAUAAGAGCAGUGUUACAGACAGAGGCUGUACUGAUCUGAUAUCAGCUCUUACUUCAAACCCUUCACACCUGACAGAACUGGACCUGAGUGAGAACACACUGGGAAAUUCAGGAGCGAUUCAGAUCUCUACUCUACUAAAUAAGUCAUCCUGUAAACUCCAGAAGCUUGUACUUUCAGACUGUAAUAUAACAGAGAAAGGAUACACUGCUGUGGUUAAAGCUCUGAAGUCAAACCACUCAUCACUCCUGAUAGAGCUGGACCUCAGAGGGAACGACCCUGGAGCUUCAGGAAUAAAGGAGCUUAGGGAUUUGAUGAAUGAUGAAAAAUAUAAACUGAAGACACUGAGGGUGUUGAAAAGUCCUGAAGCACAGAAAGCUUCUGAUCAUCUGACUAAAGUUCUGGGUAUAAACCCGAUUCUGCAGACGGAUCUGAAUCUGAGUGAGAAAAUAAAAGGAGACUCAGAAGUAGAGCAGCUUUCUGUUUUACUGAAGGAUCCACACUGCAGACCUGAAACACUUCAACUCAGUGAGUGUAAUCUGACAGAGAAAGGAUGUUCAGCUCUGCUCACAGCUCUCAGAUCAGAACACUCCACCCUGAAGGAGCUGAAUCUGAGUAACAACAGGAUUCAGGAUUCAGGAGUGAAGCUGCUCUCUGAGGAACUGAAGAAGAAACACUGUAAACUGGAGACUCUGAGACUUUCAGACUGCAGUAUAACAGAGGAAGGAUACACUUUUCUGGCUGAAGCUCUGAGACAGAAUUCAUCAUCACACCUGAGAGAGCUGGAUCUCAGAGGGAACGACCCUGGAGCUUCAGGAGUGAAACGUCUUACUGACAACAAAGUUUAUAACCUGACACUGAGGUGGUUAAAAAGUCCUGAUGCAGAGGAAGCCUACACGUGUCUUACAGACAUGUUCAGUAAGAACCCCUUACUGCACACGGAGCUGGAUCUGAGCACCAAAACACCUGAAGACGUCAAAGUGAAGCAGCUUUCAGCUCUGCUGCAGGAUCCACAUUACAGACUGCAGAAACUUACUUUGUAUAAUUGCAGUCUCACUGAAGAUGACUGUACUGCUGUUGUAGCAGCUCUGAGAACAAACCCCUCACACCUCAAGGAGCUGGACCUGAGUGACAAUACAAUUGGAGACACAGGAGUGAAGCAGCUCUGUGAUCUACUGAAGACCUCAAACUGCAGUCUGGAGAAACUGAAAAUAAAUAACUGUAAUCUCACACAAACACAAUGUUGUGAUCUGGCUAAAGUUCUGGAAUCAAACUCCUCAUCACCUUUGAAAGAGCUGGAGCUCAGAGGGAACUACAGUGUGUCAGGAUGGAACAUUUUUAGUAAUUUUCUUGGGAAUUCAGACUCUAAGUUGAUUUUGAGAAUUUUGAGUCCUGAAGCAGAAAAGGUCUGUGAUUAUCUGACUGAGGUUCUGGGUACAAACCCCUUACUGCAGAGAGAACUGAAUCUGAGUGGGAAAAUAAAAGGAGACUCAGAAGUAGAGCAGCUCUCUGUUCUACUGAAGGAUCCACACUGCAGACCUGAAACACUUCAACUCAGUGAGUGUAAUCUGACAGAGAAAGGAUGUUCAGCUCUGCUCACAGCUCUCAGAUCAGAACACUCCACCCUGAAGGAGCUGAAUCUGAGUAAGAACAGGAUUCAGGAUUCAGGAGUGAAGCUGCUCUCUGAGGAACUGAAGAAUAAACACUAUAAACUGGAGACUCUGAGGUUAAUGGACAAUAAUAUCAGAGAGGAAGGAUACAUCGCUCUGUCUGAAGCUCUGAAAUCAUCUCACCUGAUAGAGCUGGAUCUCAGAGGGAACGACCCUGGAGCAUCAGGAGUGAAGCGGCUCACUGAUUUACUACAGGAUCCAGACUGUAAACUGAACACACUGAGGUUGUUGAAAAGUUCUGCUGCACAGGAAGGUUGUGAUUUCCUUUCUAGAGUUCUGGGUGUGAACCCCUUACUGCAGAGAGAACUCGAUGUGAGUGAGAAAAUAUCUGGAGACUCGCAGGUGAAGCAGCUCUCUGUUCUUCUGGAGGAUUCACACUGCAGACCAGAGAGACUCAAAGUAAAUAACUGCAGGAUGACAAAUGAAGGUUGUGCUGCUCUGGUAUCAGCUCUGGGUUUAAACCCCUCACACCUGAGAGAGCUGGAGCUGAGUGGGAAUAAACUGGGAGGAUCAGGAAUGAAGGAGCUCUGUGAUGUGCUGAAGAAUCAACAACUCAAACUGCUGAAACUGGGGUUGUAUAAAUGCAGUCUCACUGAAGAUGACUGUACUGCUGUUGUAGCAGCUCUGAGGACAAACCCCUCACACAUCAAGGAGCUGGACCUGAGUGACAAUACAAUUGGAGACACAGGAGUGAAGCAGCUCUGUGAUCUACUGAAGACCUCAAACUGCUGUCUGGAGAAACUGAAAAUAAAUAACUGUAAUCUCACACAAACACAAUGUGGUGAUCUGGCUAAAGCUCUGGAAUCAAACUCCUCAUCACCUCUGAAAGAGCUGGAGCUCAGAGGGAACUACAGUGUGUCAGGAUGGAACAUUUUUAGUAAUUUUCUUGGGAAUUCAGACUCUAAGUUGAUUUUGAGAAUUUUGAGUCCUGAAGCAGAAAAGGUCUGUGAUUAUCUGAGUAAAGUUCUGGGUACAAACCCCUUACUGCAGAGAGAACUGGAUCUGAGUGGGAAAAUAUCUGGAGACUCAGAAGUAGAGCAGCUCUCUGUUUUACUGAAGGAUCCACACUGCAGACCUGAAACACUUCAACUCAGUGAGUGUAAUCUGACAGAGAAAGGAUGUUCAGCUCUGCUCACAGCUCUCAGAUCAGAACACUCCACCCUGAAGGAGCUGAAUCUGAGUAAGAACAGGAUUCAGGAUUCAGGAGUGAAGCUGCUCUCUGAGGAACUGAAGAAGAAACACUGUAAACUGGAGAGACUGAGGUUAAUGGACAAUAAUAUCAGAGAGGAAGGAUACAGUGUUCUGUCUGAAGCUCUGCAAUCAUCUCACCUGAUAGAGCUGGAUCUCAGAGGGAACGACCCUGGAGCAUCAGGAGUGAAGCUGCUCACUGAUUUACUACAGGAUCCAGACUGUAAACUGAACACACUGAGGUUGUUGAAAAGUUCUGCUGCACAGGAAGGUUGUGAUUUCCUUUCUAGAGUUCUGGGUGUGAACCCCUUACUGCAGAGAGAACUCAAUGUGAGUGAGAAAAUAUCUGGAGACUCGCAGGUGAAGCAGCUCUCUGCUCUUCUGGAGGAUUCACACUGCAGACCAGAGAGACUCAAAGUAAAUAACUGCAGGAUGACAAAUGACGGUUGUGCUGCUCUGGUAUCAGCUCUGGGUUUAAAGCCCUCACACCUGAGAGAGCUGGAGCUGAGUGGGAAUAAACUGGGAGGAUCAGGAAUGAAGGAGCUCUGUGAUGUGCUGAAGAAUCAACAACUCAAACUGCUGAAACUGGGGUUGUAUAAAUGCAGUCUCACUGAAGAUGACUGUACUGCUGUUGUAGCAGCUCUGAGAACAAACCCCUCACACCUCAAGGAGCUGGACCUGAGUGACAAUACAAUUGGAGACACAGGAGUGAAGCAGCUCUGUGAUCUACUGAAGACCUCAAACUGCUGUCUGGAGAAACUGAAAAUAAAUAACUGUAAUCUCACACAAACACAAUGUGGUGAUCUGGCUAAAGCUCUGGAAUCAAACUCCUCAUCACAUCUGAAAGAGCUGGAGCUCAGAGACAACUACAGUGUGUCAGGAUGGAACAUUUUUAGUUAUUUUAUAGGGAAUCCAAACUCUAAGUUGAUUUUGAGAAUUUUGAGUCCUGAAGCAGAAAAGGUCUGUGAUUAUCUGACUGAAUUUCUGAGUACAAACCCCUUACUGCAGAGGGAACUGGAUCUGAGUGGGAAAAUAUUUGGAGACUCUGGAGUGAAGCAGCUCUCUGUUCUACUGAAGGAUCCACAGUGUAGGACUGAGACACUUCAACUCAGUGAGUGUAAUCUGACAGAGAAAGGAUGUUCAGCUCUGCUCACAGCUCUCAGAUCAGAACACUCCACCCUGAAGGAGCUGAAUCUGAGUAAGAACAGGAUUCAGGAUUCAGGAGUGAAGCUGCUCUCUGAGGAACUGAAGAAGAAACACUGUAAACUGGAGACUCUGAGGUUAAUGGACAAUAAUAUCAGAGAGGAAGGAUACAUCGCUCUGUCUGAAGCUCUGAAAUCAUCUCACCUGAUAGAGCUGGACCUCGGAGGAAACGACCCUGGAGCAUCAGGAGUGAAGCUGCUGACUGAUUUACUAGAGGAUCCAGACUGUAAACUGAACACACUGAGGCUGUUAAAAAGUCCUGAUGCAGUGAAGGUCUGUGAUUCUCUGACUGAGGUUCUGGGUACAAACCCCUUACUGCUGAGAGAACUGGAUCUGAGUGGGAAAAUAAAAGGAGACUCAGGAGUGAAGCAGCUCUCUGUUCUACUGAAGGAUUCACACUGCAGAACUGAGAAACUUACGCUAAAGGUCUGUAGUAUAACAGAAGAAGGCUGUUCAGAUUUGUCUUCAUCUCUUUAUUUAAAUCCUGCACACAUAAGAGAGAUGGAUCUGAGUGAGAAUAAAUUAGGAAACUCUGGAGUGCAGAAGCUUUGUGUACUGCUGCAACAUCAGUCCUGUAACCUGCAGAUACUGAGACUUUCAGACUGCAGUAUAACAGAGGAAGGAUACAUCGCUCUGUCUGAAGCUCUGAAAUCAUCUCACCUGAUAGAGCUGGAUCUCAGAGGGAACGACCCUGGAGCAUCAGGAGUGAAGCUGCUCACUGAUUUACUACAGGAUCCAGACUGUAAACUGUACACACUCAGGUUGAUUAAAAGCUCUGCUGCACAGAAGGCCUGUAAUUGGCUGAAUUCAGUUGUAUAUGAAAACACUUUACUCCUGAAAGAGCUAGAUCUGAGCAGGAAGGAAACAGGAGACUCAGGAAUGGAGAAGCUCUCAGUUCUGAUGAAAGACUCGCACUGUAAAUUUCAGACAAUAAAGCUCAGUGAGUGUAACCUGACAGACAGAAGCUGCAGGUCUUUACACACAGUUCUCAGCUCAGAAUCCUCCAAGCUGACUGAGGUGGAUCUGAGCAGUAAUCCUCUGGGAGACUCAGGAGUGAAGCAGCUUUGUGCUGGACUGAAGAGUCCAAACUGUAAACUGGAGACACUGAGACUUUCAGACUGCAGUAUAACAGAGGAAGGAUACAUCGCUCUGUCUGAAGCUCUGAAAUCAUCUCACCUGAUAGAGCUGGAUCUCAGAGGGAACGACCCUGGAGCAUCAGGAGUGAAGCUGCUCACUGAUUUACUACAGGAUCCAGACUGUAAACUGUACACACUCAGACUGUUGAAAAGUCCUGAAGCAGAGCAAGCCUUUAAACAUCUGCAUAAUGUUCUAGACACAAACCCUUUAUUGCAGACGGAUCUGAACCUGAGUGGGAAAAUAAAAGGAGACUCAGAAGUGAAGCAGCUCUCUGCUCUACUGAAGGAUUCACACUGCAGAGCUGAGAAACUUACGCUUAUUAAAUGUGACCUAAUGACAGAAAGCUGUACUACUCUUGCCAAAGUUCUCAGUUUACAGCCUUGUUUUCUAACUGAAUUGGACCUGAGUGAAACCAGCCUACAGAAUUCAGGGGUCAUGGAAUUAUCUGAAGGACUCAAGAAUCCAUGCUGUAAACUGAAGAUAUUAAGACUUUCAGACUGCAGUGUAACAGAGGAAGGAUACACUGCUCUGGCUGAAGCUCUGAAAUCAAACCCCUCAUCACACCUGAUAGAGCUGGACCUCAGGGGGAACGACCCUGGAGACUCAGGAGUGAAAAGGCUUGAUGAAAUCCAAAAUAAUCAAAAUUACAAACUGAAGACACUUAGGUUGAUAAAAAACUCUGCUGCACAGAAGGCCUGUAAUUGGCUGAAUUCAGUUGUACAUGAAAACACUUUACUCCUAAAAGAGCUAGAUCUGAGCAGGAAGGAAACAGGAGACUCAGGAAUGGAGAAGCUCUCAGUUCUGAUGAAAGACUCGCACUGUAAAUUUCAGACAAUAAAGCUCAGUGAGUGUAACCUGACAGAGAGAAGCUGCAGGUCUUUACACACAGUUCUCAGCUCAGAAUCCUCCAAGUUGACUGAGGUGGAUCUGAGCAGUAAUCCUCUGGGAGACUCAGGAGUGAAGCAGCUUUGUGCUGGACUGAAGAGUCCAAACUGUAAACUGGAGACACUGAGACUUUCAGACUGCAGUAUAACAGAGGAAGGAUACAUCGCUCUGUCUGAAUCUCUGAAAUCAUCUCACCUGAUAGAGCUGGAUCUCAGAGGGAACGACCCUGGAGCAUCAGGAGUGAAGCUGCUCACGGAUUUACUACAGGAUCCAGACUGUAAACUGAACACACUGAGGUUGUUGAAAAGUUCUGCUGCACAGGAAGUUUGUGAUUUCCUUUCUAGAGCUCUGGGUGUGAACCCCUUACUGCAGAGAGAACUCAAUGUGAGUGAGAAAAUAUCUGGAGACUCGCAGGUGAAGCAGCUCUCUGCUCUUCUGGAGGAUUCACACUGCAGACCAGAGAGACUCAAAGUAAAUAACUGCAGGAUGACAAAUGAAGGUUGUGCUGCUCUGGUAUCAGCUCUGGGUUUAAAGCCCACACACCUGAGAGAGCUGGAGCUGAGUGGGAAUAAACUGGGAGGAUCAGGAAUGAAGGAGCUCUGUGGUGUGCUGAAGAAUCAACAACUCAAACUGCUGAAACUGGGGUUGUAUAAAUGCAGUCUCACUGAAGAUGACUGUACUGCUGUUGUAGCAGCUCUGAGAACAAACCCCUCACACCUCAAGGAGCUGGACCUGAGUGACAAUACAAUUGGAGACACAGGAGUGAAGCAGCUCUGUGAUCUACUGAAGACCUCAAACUGCAGUCUGGAGAAACUGAAAAUAAAUAACUGUAAUCUCACACAAACACAAUGUGGUGAUCUGGCUAAAGCUCUGGAAUCAAACUCCUCAUCACCUCUGAAAGAGCUGGAGCUCAGAGAGAACUACAGUGUGUCAGAUUGGAACAUUUUUAGUUAUUUUAUAGGGAAUCCAAACUCUAAGUUGAUUUUGAGAAUUUUGAGUCCUGAAGCAGAAAAGGUCUGUGAUUAUCUGACUGAAUUUCUGGGUAUAAACCCGAUACUGCAGAGAGAACUGGAUCUGAGUGGGAAAAUAUCUGGAGACUCUGAAGUGAAGCAGCUCUCUGUUCUACUGAAGGAUCCACAGUGUAGGACUGAGACACUUCAACUCAGUGAGUGUAAUCUGACAGAGAAAGGAUGUUCAGCUCUGCUCACAGCUCUCAGAUCAGAACACUCCACCCUGAAGGAGCUGAAUCUGAGUAAGAACAGGAUUCAGGAUUCAGGAGUGAAGCUGCUCUCUGAGGAACUGAAGAAGAAACACUGUAAACUGGAGACUCUGAGGUUAAUGGACAAUAAUAUCAGAGAGGAAGGAUACAUCGCUCUGUCUGAAGCUCUGAAAUCAUCUCACCUGAUAGAGCUGGAUCUCAGAGGAAACGACCCUGGAGCAUCAGGAGUGAAGCGGCUCACUGAUUUACUACAGGAUCCAGACUGUAAACUAAACACACUGAGGUUGUUGAAAAGUUCUGCUGCACAGGAAGGUUGUGAUUUCCUUUCUAGAGUUCUGGGUGUGAACCCCUUACUGCAGAGAGAACUCAAUGUGAGUGAGAAAAUAUCUGGAGACUCGCAGGUGAAGCAGCUCUCUGUUCUUCUGGAGGAUUCACACUGCAGACCAGAGAGACUCAAAGUAAAUAACUGCAGGAUGACAAAUGAAGGUUGUGCUGCUCUGGUAUCAGCUCUGGGUUUAAAGCCCUCACACCUGAGAGAGCUGGAGCUGAGUGGGAAUAAACUGGGAGGAUCAGGAAUGAAGGAGCUCUGUGAUGUGCUGAAGGAUCAACAACUCAAACUGCUGAAACUGGGGUUGUAUAAAUGCAGUCUCACUGAAGAUGACUGUACUGCUGUUGUAGCAGCUCUGAGAACAAACCCCUCACACCUCAAGGAGCUGGACCUGAGUGACAAUACAUUUGGAGACACAGGAGUGAAGCAGCUCUGUGAUCUACUGAUGACCUCAAACUGCAGUCUGGAGAAACUGAAAAUAAAUAACUGUAAUCUCACACAAACACAAUGUGGUGAUCUGGCUAAAGCUCUGGAAUCAAACUCCUCAUCACCUCUGAAAGAGCUGGAGCUCAGAGGGAACUACAGUGUGUCAGAUUGGAACAAUUUUAGUUAUUUUCUGGGGAAUUCAAACUCUAAGUUGAUUGUGAGAAUUUUGAGUCCUGAAGCAGAAAAUGUCUGUGAUCAUCUGAGUAAAGUUCUGGGUACAAACCCCUUACUGCAGAGAGAACUGGAUCUGAGUGGGAAAAUAUCUGGAGACUCUGAAGUGAAGCAGCUCUCUGUUCUACUGAAGGAUCCACAGUGUAGGACUGAGAAACUCAGGCUGAAUAAGAGCAGUGUUACAGACAGAGGCUGUACUGAUCUGAUAUCAGCUCUUACUUCAAACCCUUCACACCUGACAGAACUGGACCUGAGUGAGAACACACUGGGAAAUUCAGGAGCGAUUCAGAUCUCUACUCUACUAAAGAAGUCAUCCUGUAAACUACAGAAGCUUGUACUUUCAGACUGUAAUAUAACAGAGAAAGGAUACACUGCUGUGGUUAAAGCUCUGAAGUCAAACCACUCAUCACUCCUGAUAGAGCUGGACCUCAGAGGGAACGACCCUGGAGCAUCAGGAAUAAAGGAGCUUAGGGAUUUGAUGAAUGAUAAAAAAUGUAAAAUAAAGACACUGAGGGUGUUGAAAAGUCCUGAAGCACAGAAAGCUUCUGAUCAUCUGACUGAAGUUCUGGGUAUAAACCCGAUACUGCAGACGGAUCUGAAUCUGAGUGGGAAAAUAAAAGGAGACUCAGAAGUAGAGCAGCUUUCUGUUUUACUGAAGGAUCCACACUGCAGACCUGAAACACUUCAACUCAGUGAGUGUAAUCUGACAGAGAAAGGAUGUUCAGCUCUGCUCACAGCUCUCAGAUCAGAACACUCCACCCUGAAGGAGCUGAAUCUGAGUAAGAACAGGAUUCAGGAUUCAGGAGUGAAGCUGCUCUCUGAGGAACUGAAGAAGAAACACUGUAAACUGGAGACUCUGAGGCUCAGUGAGUGUAACCUGACAGACAGAAGCUGCUGGUCUUUACACACAGUUCUCAGCUCAGAAUCCUCCAAGCUGACUGAGGUGGAUCUGAGCAGUAAUCCUCUGGGGGACUCAGGAGUGAAGCAGCUUUGUGCUGGACUGAAGAGUCCAAACUGUAAACUGGAGACACUGAGACUUUCAGACUGCAGUAUAACAGAGGAAGGAUACAUCGCUCUGUCUGAAGCUCUGAAAUCAUCUCACCUGAUAGAGCUGGACCUCAGAGGGAACGACCCUGGAGCAUCAGGAGUGAAGCUGCUCACUGAUUUACUACAGGAUCCAGACUGUAAACUGAACACACUGAGGCUGUUAAAAAGUCCUGAUGCAGUGAAGGUCUGUGAUUCUCUGACUGAGGUUCUGGGUACAAACCCCUUACUGCUGAGAGAACUGGAUCUGAGUGGGAAAAUAAAAGGAGACUCAGGAGUGAAGCAGCUCUCUGUUCUACUGAAGGAUUCACACUGCAGAACUGAGACACUUACACUUUCAGACUGCAGUAUAACAGAGGAAGGAUACACUGUUCUGUCUGAAGCUCAGAAAUCAUCUCACCUGAUAGAGCUGGAUCUCAGAGGGAACGACCCUGGAGCAUCAGGAGUGAAGCUGCUCACUGAUUUACUACAAGAUCCAGACUGUAAACUGAACACACUGAGGUUGUUGAAGAGCUCUGCUGCACAGGAGGCCUGUACUUGGCUAAAUUCCACUAUAGGUACAAACCCUUUACUCCUAAAAGAGCUGGAUCUGAGCAGGAAUGAACCAGGAGACUCAGGAGUGAAGCAGCUCUCUGCUCUGAUGGAAGACUCUCACUGUAAAUUUCAGAUAAUUAAGCUGAAUAAAUGUAAUCUGACUGUGGAGAGCUGUUCAGCUUUAGCCAGCGCUCUGAAACUCCAGUCCUGUAGUGUGAGAGAACUGGACCUGAGUGAAAACAGUCUGCAGGAUUCAGGAGUCACUCAGCUUUCUGCUGGACUGAAACAUCAACACUGUAAACUGGAGACAUUGAGGCUUAACACAUGUUCUAUAACCGAUGGAAGCAGUUCAGCUCUAGCUGAAGUUCUCAGUUCUGAAUAUUCCCAUCUGAGAGAACUGGACCUGAGUUACAACAGUCUGCAGGAUUCAGGAGUCACUCAGCUUUCUGCUGGACUGAAGAAUCUACAGUCUGCACUCACAAUACUGAGACUGUGUAACUGCAGUGUAACAGAUGAAGGCUGUGCUGCUUUGGCUACAGCUCUGGGAGAAAAUCCCUCACAUCUCUUAGAGCUGGAUCUGGAUGGGAAUAAAGUAGGAGACAGUGGAAUAAAGCAGAUCUCUAAUCUACUACAGAAUCCAAACUGCAUCCUAGAACAACUCAGACUCUCAGACUGCAGUAUAACAGAGGAAGGAUACAUCGCUCUGUCUGAAGCUCUGAAAUCAUCUCACCUGAUAGAGCUGGAUCUCAGAGGGAACGACCCUGGAGCAUCAGGAGUGAAGCUGCUCACUGAUGUACAAAAGAAUCGACAUUUCAGUCUGAGGUUGUUGAAAAGUUCUGCUGCACAGGAAGGUUGUGAUUUCCUUUCUAGAGCUCUGGGUGUGAACCCCUUACUGCAGAGAGAACUCGAUGUGAGUGAGAAAAUAUCUGGAGACUCGCAGGUGAAGCAGCUCUCUGCUCUUCUGGAGGAUUCACACUGCAGACCAGAGAGACUCAAAGUAAAUAACUGCAGGAUGACAAAUGAAGGUUGUGCUGCUCUGGUAUCAGCUCUGGGUUUAAACCCCUCACACCUGAGAGAGCUGGAGCUGAGUGGGAAUAAACUGGGAGGAUCAGGAAUGAAGGAGCUCUGUGAUGUGCUGAAGAAUCAACAAUUCAAACUGCUGAAACUGGGCUUGUAUAAAUGCAGUCUCACUAAAGAUGACUGUACUGCUGUUGUAGCAGCUCUGAGAACAAACCCCUCACACCUCAAGGAGCUGGACCUGAGUGACAAUACAAUUGGAGACACAGGAGUGAAGCAGCUCUGUGAUCUACUGAAGACCUCAAACUGCAGUCUGGAGAAACUGAAAAUAAAUAACUGUAAUCUCACACAAACACAAUGUGGUGAUCUGGCUAAAGCUCUGGAAUCAAACUCCUCAUCACCUCUGAAAGAGCUGGAUCUCAGAGGGAACUACAGUGUGUCAGAUUGGAACAUUUUUAGUUAUUUUCUAUGGAAUUCAAAUUCUAAGUUGAUUGUGAGAAUUUUGAGUCCUGAAGCAGAAAAGGUCUGUGAUUAUCUGACUAAAGUUCUGGGUACAAACCCCUUACUGCAGAGAGAACUGGAUCUGAGUGGGAAAAUAUCUGGAGACUCUGGAGUGAAGCAGCUCUCUGUUCUACUGAAGGAUCCACAGUGUAGGACUGAGAAACUCAGGCUGAAUAAGAGCAGUGUUACAGACAGCGGCUGUACUGAUCUAAUAUCAGCUCUUACUUCAAAACAUUCACACCUGACAGAACUGGACCUGAGUGAGAACACACUGGGAAAAUCAACAAUGGAUAAGAUCUCUACUCUACUAAAGAAGUCAUCCUGUAAGCUACAGAAGCUUGUACUUUCAGACUGUAAUAUAACAGAGAAAGGAUACACUGCUGUGGUUAAAGCUCUGAAGUCAAACCACUCAUCACCCCUGAUAGAGCUGGACCUCAGAGGGAACGACCCUGGAGCAUCAGGAAUAAAGGAGCUUAGGGAUUUGAUGAAUGAUAAAAAAUGUAAAAUAAAGACACUGAGGGUGUUGAAAAGUCCUGAAGCACAGAAAGCUUCUGAUCAUCUGACUGAAGCUCUGGGUAUAAACCCGAUACUGCAGACGGAUCUGAAUCUGAGUGGGAAAAUAAAAGGAGACUCAGAAGUAGAGCAGCUCUCUGUUUUACUGAAGGAUCCACACUGCAGACCUGAAACACUUCAACUCAGUGAGUGUAAUCUGACAGAGAAAGGAUGUUCAGCUCUGCUCACAGCUCUCAGAUCAGAACACUCCACCCUGAAGGAGCUGAAUCUGAGUAAGAACAGGAUUCAGGAUUCAGGAGUGAAGCUGCUCUCUGAGGAACUGAAGAAUAAACACUAUAAACUGGAGACUCUGAGGUUAAUGGACAAUAAUAUCAGAGAGGAAGGAUACACUGUUCUGUCUGAAGCUCUGAAAUCAUCUCACCUGAUAGAGCUGGAUCUCAGAGGGAACGACCCUGGGGCAUCAGGAGUGAAGCGGCUCACUGAUGUACAAAAGAAUCGACAUUUCAGUCUGAGGUUGUUGAAAAGUUCUGCUGCACAGGAAGGUUGUGAUUUCCUUUCUAGAGUUCUGGGUGUGAACCCCUUACUGCAGAGAGAACUCAAUGUGAGUGAGAAAAUAUCUGGAGACUCGCAGGUGAAGCAGCUCUCUGUUCUUCUGGAGGAUUCACACUGCAGACCAGAGAGACUCAAAGUAAAUAACUGCAGGAUGACAAAUGAAGGUUGUGCUGCUCUGGUAUCAGCUCUGGGUUUAAAGCCCACACACCUGAGAGAGCUGGAGCUGAGUGGGAAUAAACUGGGAGGAUCAGGAAUGAAGGAGCUCUGUGAUGUGCUGAAGAAUCAACAACUCAAACUGCUGAAACUGGGGUUGUAUAAUUGCAGUCUCACUAAAGAUGACUGUUCUGCUGUUGUAGCAGCUCUGAGAACAAACCCCUCACACCUCAAGGAGCUGGACCUGAGUGACAAUACAUUUGGAGACACAGGAGUGAAGCAGCUCUGUGAUCUACUGAAGACCUCAAACUGCAGUCUGGAGAAACUGAAAAUAAAUAACUGUAAUCUCACACAAACACAAUGUGGUGAUCUGGCUAAAGCUCUGGAAUCAAACUCCUCAUCACCUCUGAAAGAGCUGGAUCUCAGAGGGAACUACAGUGUGUCAGAUUGGAAAAUUUUUAGUUAUUUUCUAUGGAAUUCAAAGUCUAAGUUGAUUGUGAGAAUUUUGAGUCCUGAAGCAGAAAAGGUCUGUGAUCAUCUGACUAAAGUUCUGGGUACAAACCCCUUACUACAGAGAGAACUGGAUCUGAGUGGGAAAAUAUCUGGAGACUCUGGAGUGAAGCAGCUCUCUGUUCUACUGAAGGAUCCACAGUGUAGGACUGAGAAACUCAGGCUGAAUAAGAGCAGUGUUACAGACAGCGGCUGUACUGAUCUGAUAUCAGCUCUUACUUCAAACCCUUCACACCUGACAGAACUGGACCUGAGUGAAAACACACUGGGAAAAUCAACAAUGGAUAAGAUCUCUACUCUACUAAAGAAGUCAUCCUGUAAGCUACAGAAGCUUGUACUUUCAGACUGUAAUAUAACAGAGAAAGGAUACACUGCUGUGGUUAAAGCUCUGAAGUCAAACCACUCAUCACCCCUGAUAGAGCUGGACCUCAGAGGGAACGACCCUGGAGCAUCAGGAAUAAAGGAGCUUAGGGAUUUGAUGAAUGAUAAAAAAUGUAAAAUAAAGACACUGAGGGUGUUGAAAAGUCCUGAAGCACAGAAAGCUUCUGAUCAUCUGACUGAAGCUCUGGGUAUAAACCCGAUACUGCAGACGGAUCUGAAUCUGAGUGGGAAAAUAAAAGGAGACUCAGAAGUAGAGCAGCUCUCUGUUUUACUGAAGGAUCCACACUGCAGACCUGAAACACUUCAACUCAGUGAGUGUAAUCUGACAGAGAAAGGAUGUUCAGCUCUGCUCACAGCUCUCAGAUCAGAACACUCCACCCUGAAGGAGCUGAAUCUGAGUAAGAACAGGAUUCAGGAUUCAGGAGUGAAGCUGCUCUCUGAGGAACUGAAGAAUAAACACUAUAAACUGGAGACUCUGAGGUUAAUGGACAAUAAUAUCAGAGAGGAAGGAUACAGUGUUCUGUCUGAAGCUCUGAAAUCAUCUCACCUGAUAGAGCUGGAUCUCAGAGGGAACGACCCUGGGGCAUCAGGAGUGAAGCGGCUCACUGAUGUACAAAAGAAUCGACAUUUCAGUCUGAGGUUGUUGAAAAGUUCUGCUGCACAGGAAGGUUAUGAUUUACUUUCUAGAGCUCUGGGUGUGAACCCCUUACUGCAGAGAGAACUCAAUGUGAGUGAGAAAAUAUCUGGAGACUCGCAGGUGAAGCAGCUCUCUGUUCUUCUGGAGGAUUCAAACUGCACACCAGAGAUACUCAAAGUAAAUAACUGCAGGAUGACAAAUGAAGGUUGUGCUGCUCUGGUAUCAGCUCUGGGUUUAAACCCCUCACACCUGAGAGAGCUGGAGCUGAGUGGGAAUAAACUGGGAGGAUCAGGAAUGAAGGAGCUCUGUGAUGUGCUGAAGAAUCAACAAUUCAAACUGCUGAAACUGGGGCUGAAUAAGAGCAGUGUUACAGACAGAGGCUGUACUGAUCUGAUAUCAGCUCUUACUUCAAACCCUUCACACCUGACAGAACUGGACCUGAGUGAGAACACACUGGGAAACUCAGGAGCGAUUCAGAUCUCUACUCUACUAAAGAAUUCAUCCUGUAAACUACAGAAGCUUGUACUUUCAGACUGUAAUAUAACAGAGAAGGGAUACACUGCUGUGGUUAAAGCCCUGAAGUCAAACCACUCAUCACUCCUGAUAGAGCUGGACCUCAGAGGAAACGACCCUGGAGCAUCAGGAAUAAAGGAGCUUAGGGAUUUGAUGAAUGAUAAAAAAUGUAAACUAAAGACACUGAGGGUGUUGAAAAGUUCUGAAGCACAGAAAGCUUCUGAUCAUCUGACUGAAGUUCUGGGUAUAAACCCAAUAUUGCAGACGGAUCUGAAUCUGAGUGGGAAAAUAAAAGGAGACUCAGAAGUAGAGCAGCUCUCUGUUUUACUGAAGGAUCCACACUGCAGACCUGAAACACUUCAACUCAGUGAGUGUAAUCUGACAGAGAAAGGAUGUUCAGCUCUGCUCACAGCUCUCAGAUCAGAACACUCCACCCUGAAGGAGCUGAAUCUGAGUAACAACAGGAUUCAGGAUUCAGGAGUGAAGCUGCUCUCUGAGGAACUGAAGAAGAAACACUGUAAACUGGAGACUCUGAGACUUUCAGACUGCAGUAUAACAGAGGAAGGAUACACUUUUCUGGCUGAAGCUCUGAGACAGAAUUCAUCAUCACACCUGAGAGAGCUGGAUCUCAGAGGGAACGACCCUGGAGCUUCAGGAGUGAAACUACUUACUGACAAAAAAGUUAUCAACCUGACAAUGAGGUUGUUAAAAAGUCCUGAUGCAGAGGAAGCCUACACGUGUCUUACAGACAUGUUCAGUAAGAACCCCUUACUGCACACAGAGCUGGAUCUGAGCACCAAAACACCAAAGAACAUCAAAGUGAAGCAGCUUUCAGCUCUGCUGCAGGAUCCACAUUACAGACUGCAGAAACUUACGUUGUAUAAUUGCAGUCUCACUGAAGAUGACUGUACUGCUGUUGUAGCAGCUCUGAGAACAAACCCCUCACACCUCAAGGAGCUGGACCUGAGUGACAAUACAAUUGGAGACACAGGAGUAAAGCAGCUCUGUGAUCUACUGAAGACCUCAAACUGCAGUCUGGAGAAACUGAAAAUAAAUAACUGUAAUCUCACACAAACACAAUGUGGUGAUCUGGCUAAAGCUCUGGAAUCAAACUCCUCAUCACCUCUGAAAGAGCUGGAGCUCAGAGAGAACUACAGUGUGUCAGGAUGGAACAUUUUUAGUUAUUUUAUAGGGAAUCCAAACUCUAAGUUGAUUUUGAGAAUUUUGAGUCCUGAAGCAGAAAAGGUCUGUGAUUAUCUGACUAAAGUUCUGGGUACAAACCCCUUACUGCAGAGAGAACUGGAUCUGAGUGGGAAAAUAUCUGGAGACUCUGAAGUGAAGCAGCUCUCUGUUCUACUGAAGGAUCCACAGUGUAGGACUGAGAAACUCAGGCUGAAUAAGAGCAGUGUUACAGACAGAGUCUUUACUGAUCUGAUAUCAGCUCUUACUUCAAACCCUACACACAUGACAGAACUGGACCUGAGUGAGAACACACUGGGAAAUUCAGGAGCGAUUCAGAUCUCUGCUCUAUUAAAUAAGUCAUCCUGUAAACUCCAGAAGCUUGUACUUUCAGACUGUAAUAUAACAGAGAAAGGAUACACUGCUGUGGUUAAAGCCCUGAAGUCAAACCACUCAUCACUCCUGAUAGAGCUGGACCUCAGAGGGAACGUCCCUGGAGCAUCAGGAAUAAAGGAGCUUAGGGAUUUGAUGAAUGAUAAAAAAUAUAAACUGAAGACACUGAGGGUGUUGAAAAGUCCUGAAGCACAGAAAGCUUCUGAUCAUCUGACUAAAGUUCUGGGUAUAAACCCGAUACUGCAGACGGAUCUGAAUCUGAGUGGGAAAAUAAAAGGAGACUCAGAAGUAGAGCAGCUCUCUGUUUUACUGAAGGAUCCACACUGCAGACCUGAAACACUUCAACUCAGUGAGUGUAAUCUGACAGAGAAAGGAUGUUCAGCUCUGCUCACAGCUCUCAGAUCAGAACACUCCACCCUGAAGGAGCUGAAUCUGAGUAAGAACAGGAUUCAGGAUUCAGGAGUGAAGCUGCUCUCUGAGGAACUGAAGAAUAAACACUAUAAACUGGAGACUCUGAGACUUUCAGACUGCAGUAUAACAGAGGAAGGAUACACUUUUCUGGAUGAAGCUCUGAGACAGAAUUCAUCAUCACACCUGAGAGAGCUGGAUCUCAGAGGGAACGACCCUGGAGCUUCAGGAGUGAAACUACUUACUGACAAAAAAGUUAACAAGCUGAAACUGAGGUUGUUAAAAAGUCCUGAUGCAGAGGAAGCCUACACGUGUCUUACAGACAUGUUCAGUAAGAACCCCUUACUGCACACGGAGCUGGAUCUGAGCACCAAAACACCAAAGAACAUCAACGUGAAGCAGCUUUCAGCUCUGCUGCAGGAUCCACAUUACAGACUGCAGAAACUUAGGUUGUAUACAGAAGACAGUAUGACAGAAGAUGAUUGUUCAGAUGUGUUUUCUGCUCUGGUUUUAAACCCUUCACACCUGAGAGAUCUGAAUCUGAACUGUAAUAAACCAGGAGAGUCUGGACUGAGAAAUCUGUGUGAUUUCCUGAAGAAUCCUAAAUGUAAACUGCAGACACUAAAACUAUGGGACAGUGUAAAAGGUAAAUCAUCCUGUGCUGAUGUGGCUUCAGCUCUCUGUACAAAUCCAUCACACAUCAGAGAGCUGGAUCUGAGUUGGUGUGAACUGGGAGACUCAGGAGUGAAGAAGCUCUGUGAUCUACUGAAGAUACACGAGUGUAAACUGGAGAAACUGCUACUAUGGGACAGUGUAAAAGGUGAAUCAUCCUGUGCUGAUGUGGCUUCAGCUCUCUGUACAAAUCCAUCACACAUCAGAGAGCUGGAUCUGAGUUGGUGUGAACUGGGAGACUCAGGAGUGAAGAAGCUCUGUGAUCUACUGAAGAUACACGAGUGUAAACUGGAGAAACUGCUACUACAGAACAGUGUAAAAGGUAAAUCAUCCUGUGCUGAUGUGGCUUCAGCUCUCUGUACAAAUCCAUCACACAUCAGAGAGCUGGAUCUGAGUGUGUGUGAACUGGGAGACUCAGGAGUGAAGAAGCUCUGUGAUCUACUGAAGAUACACGAGUGUAAACUUAAGAAACUGCGACUACAGGACAGUGUAAAAGGUAAAUCAUCCUGUGCUGAUGUGGCUUCAGCUCUCUGUACAAAUCCAUCACACAUCAGAGAGCUGGAUCUGAGUGGGUGUGAAUUGGGAGACUCAGGAGUGAAGAAGCUCUGUGAUCUACUGAAGAUACACGAGUGUAAACUUAAGAAACUGCGACUAUGGAAGAGUGUAAAAGGUGAAUCAUCCUGUGCUGAUGUGUCUUCAGCUCUCUGUACAAAUCCAUCACACAUCAGAGAGCUGGAUCUGAGUGAGUGUGAACUGGGAGACUCAGGAGUGAAGAAGCUCUGUGAUCUACUGAAGAUACACGAGUGUAAACUGGAGAAACUGCUACUACGUUACAGUGUAAAAGGUGAAUCAUCCUGUGCUGAUGUGGCUUCAGCUCUCUGUACAAAUCCAUCACACAUCAGAGAGCUGGAUCUGAGAUGGUGUGAACUGGGAGACUCAGGAGUGAAGAAGCUCUGUGAUCUACUGAAGAUACACGAGUGUAAACUGGAGAAACUGCGGCUACAGAACAGUGUAAAAGGUAAAUCAUCCUGUGCUGAUGUGGCUUCAGCUCUCUGUACAAAUCCAUCACACAUCAGAGAGCAGAAUCUGAGUUGGUGUGAACUGGGAGACUCAGGAGUGAAGAAGCUCUGUGAUCUACUGAAGAUACACGAGUGUAAACUGGAGAAACUGCUACUAUGGAAGAGUGUAAAAGGUAAAUCAUCCUGUGCUGAUGUGGCUUCAGCUCUCUGUACAAAUCCAUCACACAUCAGAGAGCUGGAUCUGAGUGAGUGUGAACUGGGAGACUCAGGAGUGAAGAAGCUCUGUGAUCUACUGAAGAUACACGAGUGUAAACUGGAGAAACUGCUACUAUGGAACAGUGUAAAAGGUAAAUCAUCCUGUGCUGAUGUGGCUUCAGCUCUCUGUACAAAUCCAUCACACAUCAGAGAGCUGGAUCUGAGAUGGUGUGAACUGGGAGACUCAGGAGUGAAGAAGCUCUGUGAUCUACUGAAGAUACACGAGUGUAAACUGGAGAAACUGCGACUAUGGAAGAUUGUAAAAGGUGAAUCAUCCUGUGCUGAUGUGGCUUCAGCUCUCUGUACAAAUCCAUCACACAUCAGAGAGCUGGAUCUGAGUGGGUGUGAACUGGGAGACUCAGGAGUGAAGAAGCUCUGUGAUCUACUGAAGAUACACGAGUGUAAACUGGAGAAACUGAUACUAUGUUACAGUGUAAAAGGUAAAUCAUCCUGUGCUGAUGUGGCUUCAGCUCUCUGUACAAAUCCAUCACACAUCAGAGAGCUGGAUCUGAGUGAGUGUGAACUGGGAGACUCAGGAGUGAAGAAGCUCUGUGAUCUACUGAAGAUACACGAGUGUAAACUGGAGAAACUGCUGUUAAAGAAGUGCAGCAUAACAGAUGGAGAUGUUGCUGCUCUGACUGAAGCUCUGAGGUCAAACUCCUCUUAUCUGAAAGAGCUCAAUCUGAGAGGGAAUAAACUAAAAGAUUCAACAGUAAAGCAGCUCUCUGAGAUACUGAAGAGUUCAGGAGGACAGUUAAUGUAUGACGGGGAGUCAUGGUUACAAAAAAUUAGUAAAACAUUUAGUUGGUUUACUGGUGGUAAGUCUAAUAAACAGCCGACUUCGGAACCUGACCCCUCUACAGUAAAGACAGAACAAAGAGAUGGAGAAAUAAAAGAAACACACCGGGGACAAAGCAGUGUGGACCAGGACAGCUGUAGUACAGACACUGACAUCAGAAGCCCAGAGACUUCAGACAGUUCAUAUAACACCAGAGAACAGUAGAGAAGUCCACGACACAAACACAAGUAAUUCACCAAAACGUCAAGAAAAGGGACACAAAAAGCACUCAAACAUCCAAAACACAAAAAGAUAAUAGAUAAUGACAAUUCAAGCUAACUCAACAAUGAAGGACAGAAGACGCCUCAGCAAACCGUGACACUCAAAUCCUACUAAUACAAAACUACAUUGUAAUCCCCAAAUAUAAAUAAGAUCAAAAUUAAAGGAGGAACUUCAGCUGUACAGAUAAGGGAUUCAGUCAGGAGGGCAUUAUGUAGUACAAGUGUACAGGGUACAUGGAUUAUACCAUACUGCAGAAAAACAAUUAAACAGCACAACUCACAAACAUCAACUAAACAUAAACUAAAAGUCUAACUUAAACUAAAUACUAAACUUAAUACUGAUGUAUUUAUGAAAUAAAAUAAUGUUCUAUUACACUUCACAGCCAUAGACACCACUGACAGACACCAAGCUGAUGGAAAGGAGCAAACUGGUUCUAAUAGAAAGUGAACACAAAAAGAGCAGUGAUUUCUGGACCAGAAUUUCUUUCUUAAAAUGUCUUUGUGCUGUAAAAUGUUUUGUCCUACUGUGCUGCAGUCUGAAUGAUGAGAGUGUUAAAACAUUACGUUUUUAAAUCUACUGUUUAAAAUAUCAAGAACAAUCUUACAAAACAUUUUAAA